AUGGACAAACGUGUUGAUCUGAAGAUCUCCUCUGCUGAAGUGACAGACUCUGUACUACUGUGCCAUGGUGCCCACAGUGAUGGAAACCCAGACAGACUGUACCAAAACCUUUCAAGUGCCUUGGGAAGAAACCAGUGAGAAUGGGAGGAGCUACAAUAAGCAGAAAUAAAGUAAGAUAUAUCUAGGCAACAGAGGAGUAAAUAUUCAGAGUCAGCACAUAUGAUGUUUCUGAAUGCAUUGCUACUGCUAUGCACAUUUGUAGGUAAAUGACACCUGAUAAUGAUGCAUAUUUAUUAAAUUAUGUUUUAUAUUACAGUUUCAUUUCAUCAACAUAAGCAUUACAACUACCCUUUUUUUAAACAGAUGAACGUUUUGAGAAUGCUACUGCUCCUUUAAGAAAUGAAGUGCAUGGUUUGGAGGGAACCACCGUCACCAUGUCCUACAACUACUCCUCAACUUCUACAACUGGAAAUAGAUUAUACUGGUAUCAUCAGACCAGUGCUGGGAAAAUGCCAAUAUUCCUUCUAUGGAUGAUAGAUACAGAGUUCCAAGAAAAUGUGUAGCCUGGUAGUCUGUUAGUUUAUAUUGAUACAGAGACCAAAUGUGUGGAUCUGAAGAUCUCCUCUGCCGAAGUAAAAGACUCUGCUCUGUACUACUGUGCCAUGAAGACCACAGUGACAGGAAACUCAGAAACCUGUCAAGAACCAUGGGAGGAAACAGACAUCCUGUAUGACAUACAUAUGUAACAUACCUACUGUAUGUUAAGGGGAGGGACUUAUAGUAGAGGAGGGGUUCAACAGCAGUAUAGAAACAUAAAAACAGGAGGAAACUUUCAGAGACUGCUUAGAUCUUUCUGUCAGUUUGUCUCUGUUCAUCUAAGAUGGUGUUGCUGUAUUCAGUGUUGUUCCUGACUAUAUUUAUUUGUAGGCAAUAUACAAUACAAUACAAUUCAAUUCAAUACAACGUGUUGCCAUACUUGUUCACUUGAAAUAAAUUAUACUUCAAAUACAUUUUCAUGAACAAUUAAAUGUGUGUUUAAAAACCAUUCUCUAUGCAGGUGUCAGUUGUGAGGACCUCACUCCACUCAAGAAAGAGUUCUGUUUAGAGGGAACCCUGUUACCCUGUCUUACAACUACUCCAGAACAGCUACUGGUGGAGAUGAAGUCUAUUGGUAUCAUCAAGACACAGCACAAAGGCCAACGUUCCUCCUGUACAUCUCAGGUACAGAGUUAAAGAAAGCAGAUCCUCUGAAAACUCAAAUAUCUGCAAAACUGAAUGAAGAGAAAAACCGUGUGGAUCUGGAGAUCUCCUCUGCUGAAGUGACAGACUCUGCGCUGUACUACUACUGUGCUGUGAGGUCCACAGUGACAGGAAACCUAAACACACUGUACAAAAAUCUCAGCAGGAACCACAUCAGCUGGAAUUAUCCAGUUUCUUUAUGAACGUGUAUCUAACCCUCAUUUUUUAAACAUCAAAACACUAAUGAAUAAUGAUUUUAAUGUCUCCUGUAAAUAAAGCUCAUGACUCAAAUGUUUCACCUGUCCUUAAUUUGAUUGGAGCAUUGACAGAUUCUGUCAAUUUGAUGCAUAUUCCUAUUCUGCUACAGUCAGGUCUUUUAACCACAUCAUAUACAUACAGUCUGCAUACAUUAUAUGACAUCACUGCUCUCAACAUGGACAUGCUCAGUGGUUUGGUCCGCUUGUGGUAAAUCCAUGUACUGCACUCUAUAGAGGAACAUAGCUGAAGCCAACUGACUGGUAAUGGGCCAGGCAAACAUAAAAAGGCUCUUGCACUGUUUUGGUCUGGGUCACUAGAUAUGAAAAGUAAUUCAAGUUCAUUAUUCUUGUGAGGAUUUAGUGGCUUUAUUCUCAGAACCUCCUCAACAUUUAAAUGCGGUCAGCAAAGUGUAAGUAUAGUAUAAAGGGUUUUCUUUAUAUUUACCAACAAACAGCCGUUUCUGCAGUUCCUGGCUGAUCUUCAGGUGAGGUACCUUCUUAUCCUACAUGUGCUGCCCAUUACACCAUUUGAAGGAUGGAUUUAUCAGGCCCAAGUGAGCCAGGUGGCUCGUCCACUGCUUCUCACUCUUCAGCCACAACCCCUUCUUUGUCUGUGCUCCUCCUAUAGACUGCCCUCCACAGUUAUAAAGUCCAGUGACAAGGUUUUUCUAUGAAUAAUAAUGAUACAAUUGUUCUAUCUAGCGUUCAACAUUCUGUCCAACAAGGUGAAAACGUCACAUUUCUUGUAUUUUAAAGGGGAAGUUACUAGUGAGAGUAAAUAGGUGUCAGUGGAGACUCAUCAAUUUGUUCCUAUUCCUUUAAAUGAUGCAUGCAGCAUGUCAACUUUUUACAGGUGUCUGUGUUGUAGAAUUUCCCCCACCAAACAGAAUAUACAUUCAUUAGGUUUUAACCCUUUCUUGUCACAAUUACAUAUUCUGUUUGUGCUUCUUGUGUUAACAAUUUGCAUUUAUUUCAUAUGAACAGACUGUGGUUUUCCAAAGUGCAUGCAGGCAGAGUCAACUGUAUUUAUUACUAAAUUGUGCAGGGUUAAACCUAGCUUCAUGUCCACACCCCGGCUCUACCCUAACUCUAGCCAUAAACCUAGCUUUAUGUCCAGACCCCGGCUCAAACCUAACCCUAGGCAUAACGUUAACCCUAGCUUCAUGUCCACACCCCAGCUCAAACCUAACCCUAGCCAUAACCCUAGCUUCAUGUCCACACCCCGGCUUAACCCUAACCCUAGCCAUAACCCUAGCUUCAUGCUCACUCCCCGGCUCAGCCAUAAUCCUAACCCUAGCUUCAAUGUCCACACCCCGGAUCAACAUUUAACCUAACCAUUUACAUUUACAUUUAAGUCAUUUAGCAGACGCUCUUAUCCAGAUCGACUUACAAAUUGCUGCAUUGAACUUAGGAUAGCCAGUGGGACAACCACUCCCUUUUUUUGUGUAUUUUUCUUGUGUGUCUUUUUUAAAAAUAUAAUGUUUUUAUUUAUUAUUAUUAUUCUUUAUUUUUUUAUGUAUUUUUUGUAUAAUUUUUUUAAUGGGGGCGUGGGGGAGGAGGGUAGAAUGAUUACUGUUAUACUAUUCCAGGUAUUCCUUAAAGAGGUAGUGUUUCAAGUGUCUCCGGAAGGUGGUCAGUGACUCCGCUGUCCUGGCGUCGUGGGGGAGCUUGUUCCACCAUUGGGGUGCCAGAGCAGCGAAUAGCUUUGACUGGGCUGAGCGGGAAUAGUUAACCCUGAACCUAACCUUAAUCCUAUCCUUAACCCUAACCCUAGCUUCAUGUCCACACCCCGGAUCAAAAUUAAACCUAACCCUCACCCUAACGCUAACCCUACCCCUACCCCUACCCCUACCCCUAACCCUAACCCUAACCCUAACUCUAACCCUAACCCUAACCCUAACCCUAGCUUCGUGUCCACACCCCGGAUCAACACUAAUCAGAACCAUAACCCUUUGUGAUUUCCAUUCUGCUUCCAGCAUUACCGGACCCUGAUAUCAAGCAAGAAUAUUUUGCAGGACAUAUAUAUCACAUAUGUACAGGAGAUGUAUGCAACAUCUAACUUACUGUUCAUCUUUUUGUGUCUUUGUCUACGUUUGUCUGAGGUGUCUUCAUCUGUCUCAAUGUUAACAACAUGACUUAUGAUAUUUUGACAAUAAAAUACAUCAAAGCAAGCAUGCAUUUGUAUAAAUGAGGGUGUGAUCUCUUUUCUCAUGCAGAUACUUCCUUGACCACUUUUGCAGACCUGAUGCACGCUCUACUCGAUGCGUUGCAAAGCAUGCUUGCCCUCGUUUUCUGUCAACGCCCACACACACAUCCUGUCACAGGCUACUUGAGGUAAAAACAACCACUUAUAUUUUCAAGGGCAAGUUAAUAGUGAGAGUCAAUAGGUGUCAGUGGAGUCUCAUCAAUUUGCUCCUAUUCCUUUAAAUGAUGUAUUCAGCAUGUCAACACUUUACAGGUAUCUGUGUUGUAUAAUUUCCCCCACCAAACAGAAUAUACAUUCAUUAGGUUUUAACCCUUUCUUGUCAAGAUUACAUAUUCUGUUUGUGCUUCUUGUGUUAACAAUUUGCAUUUAUUUUAUAUGAACAGACUGUGGUUUCCAAAGUGCAUGCAGGCUGUGUCAACUGUAUUCAUUAGUAAAUUGUGUAGAACAAUAUAUAAUAUAGGAAUACAAAACAAUUUAUAAAGCUUACAAUACAACAACACGUAGGCACUUCAAUAAAAUCAACACAUAAAAUGUAAUUAAUUGUAAGAGUGCAUUUAAUAACUAUAAUAGCAUAAAAACAGUGCCAAGGGCUGGUCAAGUUUAAGGUUGGCCCUAGCCCAACUCUAACCCUAGCUUCUUGUCCACCUACUGAAUUGACCCUGACCCUAGAAUUAACCCUAACCCUAGCUUCAGUUGGCACAAAUAAUGACACAUAUUAGGAGAAGCAGGAUUAUGAGGCAGGCAGUUUUCUACUUGAUUAACUCCAGGCAGGAGUGAGAGGUUGAUUUUAUGGACCAAAUCAAGUGACAACAACCAAUGCAUAAUAGGCUACAUGGUGAUGCCAUUGACAAUCAUUAACGUUAAUGUGCACUGCGAUGACAGGAAUGAUGAUCAUGGUUGCAUCCCGUGUAAAUCAUUGGUAUCAAUCAUAAAACCAAUCAUCAGUUGACUUGACUACUGUUUUAAAUGCAUAGUAAAGAUAACUCUGUGUGGUAUUGGGCAGCAUAGCCCAGGUCUAUAUUGGAGUGGUUCAUAUGCUACUGUGGUCUGAGCCUUUCUUUCUGAUGUGGUCUCAAAUAAAAUAAAAUACAACAAGUGUAGACCUUACAGUGAAAUGCUUACUUACAAGCCCUUAACCAACAAUGCAGUUUUAAAGAAAGAAUACCAAAAAAUACCAAAUAAACAUUAAAUAAAAAAAUAAGAAGAAAUAAAAGUAACAAACAAUUAAAGAGCAGCAGUAAAAUAACAGUAGUCGAGGUAAUUGAGGUCAUAUGUACAUGUAGGUAGAGAUUAUAGAUGUAUUUAUUUAUAGAUAAUAAACAGAGAGUAGCAACAGUGUGGGUGCAAAUAGUCUGGGUAGCCAUUUGAUUAGAUGUUCAGGAGUCUUAUGGCUUGGGAGUAGAAGCUCUUUAGAAGCCUCUUGGACCUAGACUUGGCGCUCCGGUACCGCUUGCCGUGCCGUAGCAGAGAGAACAGUCUAUGACUAUGUUGACAGGAGUCUUUGACAAUUUUUAGGGCCUUCCUCUGACACCGCCUGGUAAAGAGGUCCUGGAUGGCAGGAAGCUUGGCCCCAGUGAUGUACUGGGCCGUACGCACUACCCUCUGUAGUGCCUUGCGGUCGGAGGCCGAGCAGUUGCCACACCAGGCAGUGACGCAACCAGUCAUGAUGCUCUCGAUGGUGCAGCUGUAGAACCUUUUGAGGAUCUGAGGACCCAUGCCAAAUCUUUUCAGUCUCCUUAGGGGGAAUAGGUUUUGUCGUGCCCUCUUCACGACUGUCUUGGUGUGCUUGGACCAUGUUAGUUUGUUGGUGAUGUGGACACCAAGGAACUUGAAGCUCGCAACCUGUUCCACUACAGCCCUGUCUAUGAGAAUGGGGGCGUGCUUGGUCCUCUUCUUUUUCCUGUAGCCCACAAUCAUCUCCUUUGUCUUGAUCACGUUGAGGGAGAGGUUGUUGUCCUGGCACCACACGGCCAGGUCUCUGACCUACUCCCUAUAGGGUGUAUCGUUGUUGUCGGUGAUCAGGCCUACCACUGUUGUGUCAUCGGCUAACUUAAUGAUGGUGUUGGAGUCCUGCCUGGCCAUGCAGUCAUGAGUGAACAGGGAGUACAGGAGGGGACAGAGCACGCACCCCUGAGGGGCCCCCGUGUUGAGGAUCAGCAUGGUGUAUGUGUUGUUACAUAUCCUUAUCACCUGGGGGCGGCCCGUCAGGAAGUCCAGGAUCCAGUUGCAGAGGGAGGUGUUUAGUCCCAGGGUCCUUAGCUUAGUUUAGUCCCAGGGUCCUUAGCUGAGCUUUGAGGGCACUAUGGUGUUGAACGCUGAGCUGUAGUCAAUGAAUAGCGUUCUCACGUAGGUGUUCCUUUUGUCCAGGUGUGAAAGGGCAGUGUGGAGCGCAAUAGAGAUUGCAUCAUCUGUGGAACUGUUGGGGCGGUAUGCAAAUUGGAGUGGGUCUAGGGUUUCUGGGAUAAUGGUGUUGAUGUGAGCCAUGACCAGCCUUUCAAAGCACUUUAUGGCUACAGACGUGAGUGCUACGGGUCGGUAGUCAAUUAGGCAGGUUACCUUAGUGUUCUUGGGCACAGGGACUAUGGUGGUCUGCUUGAAACAUGUUGGUAUUGCAGACUCAGACAGGGAGAGGUUGAAAAUGUCAGUGAAGACACUUGCCAGUUGGUCUAUUCCUUUCUUUCUGAUUUUGUGCAAACCCUUACUGGAUAUAUGAUUUUAUUUUAUUCGUCAGAUUAGCACAAUUUGGCCUGAGCAUAACAUAUAUUUCUCCAAGGCCCAUAACAACUGCCAAAUUCGAAUUUUCAAAGGACUUGGAGAAGAAGAUAACAUUCUUUAAAGGAGAUAUUUCAUGGUACCAAAUAUAUCACAUUUAAAAAGGAAUUCCUUUGGCAGUUAAACUAAACAAUUGAAUAUACCGUAAGCUCCUCCCCUACUGCAGAGCCCCACAAUAAUGAGACUUCUCAGCUACAGUGGAUUGAACAUAAAGUCUGUAACAGUCUAUUCUUCCUCUAUGCAUGAAUCAUAAUAGCAAAUUGGCUUAGGAAUACUGUACUUAUCCUGGCUGCAUGCUAUUUUGGUACAUUAGUGCUUCUCCUUUCUCCAUUCUCAUUCUCUGAACCUUAGCCUAUUAUGUAUUAUAAAAUCCCAAAUAUUUUUCAGAUUACAAAGGUGAAGAGUCUGUUGACCAGCAGAGUGGACAUGUUACUGCCCUUGAAGGAGGACUGGUAACACUCAGCUGUAACUACACUAGCAGUAGUCCAUCUCCUGAUCUCUUCUGGUACAUCCAGUUAACUAGGGACUCUCCUCAGUAUGUCCUGAGAAGAGAUCGUUAUUCAGAAGGGAGCAAUAGUGAUGAGUUCAAGAAGAGGUUUGAUUCCAGGCUGAAUUUCACAUCUAGCUCUGUCCCCUUGACGAUUCAGAGGUUGCAGUUGUCUGACUCUGCUGUGUACUACUGUGCUCUGAAGCCCACUGUGACACCAUGAUAUACAGCCCACUUACAAAAACAUACUGAGCUACACAAUGACAGUACACCUGUCUGUACAGUAUACAACACCACUUUGAAAUUGACACAGUAACCUUCUCACUACCUCCCUGAUACCAAGACUAGUGGUAGCAGAUGAUGAUAAUCAUAGUGAUGAUGAUGAUGAUGAUUAUACAGUAAGUCAUUGUUGAUGCCAAUAGAGCUCCCUCUUCCAAUUCAGCUCUAAUUGUAGAUGUAAGAGACAAUAAAAUGCCAUUAAAAUAUCUCAUGGAUUCAAACAUACACAGCUAGUAGUGUCUAACUAGAUUAAGUCAGGAGAAAAAAGUUAUAUUCAGUAUUGUGUGGAGUAAUGUAAAAACCAGCAUCAACCACAAGGGGGCCACAGUACCAAGUGAGUGUUGCUUUCUACUCUGAAAUGACUUGUCUAUUUGACUUGUCUCUGUGCUGUGCUGCAUGGUCUAGGCCUGUGCUGCUACAAAGACAGGAAUCAAGAGAGCACACCAGUUUCUAUAUUGUAACAUCAGUUUGUCUUGGUCUUUGUAUCCUAUGAUAAGUAUGGGACAUUGGCUGUGGACCUCUGUUGUUCUUGCUGCACUUCUCUUUGGUAGGAUACAGCUCUCAUUAUCUUUUUCUCAAUAUUCUGAUGUUACUGGAAUCCUGACAUUUUUCACAAAUAUAUUCUUCUUUGUUUCCAGACAGAGUUACUCAGUCAAAGAGAGAAGAGACUGAUUAUGAAGGAGAAGACGUGUCUCUCAGCAGUGAAUAUUAAACCAGUUUAUCAGCUCCAUCUCUCUUCUGGUACAUGCAAUCCACAAAUUACUACCCUGAAUAUGUUUUGCGGAAGGAUGUCAUUGGACCAGGGGAUUUUGAUGAAUAAUUCAAGGAGAGAUUUGAUGCCCAUCUCAGUUCCAUUACCAAAUCAUUCCCCUUGACAAUCCAGAGGGUGCAGCUGUCUGACUCUGCUGUGUACUAUUGUGUUCUGAGGCCCACUGUGACAACAGGAUAUACAGUACCAAUGAAAAGUUGGGACCAAAGCACAAUAUGUAUUUCAAUAUACUGUAUGAACAGUAGUAGACCUGAAUUAGAUACUCUGUAGGAUACAUGAGUGUUUGUACCUGAAUUAUAAUAGAAAAUGUGUACGUUAAAAAAUUUUUUUUUCCCCAGAUAGAUUAGUCAUACCCACUUCAUACAAUUCCUUUACGCUAUUUUCCAUUUCAUGUGAGCUAGACGUGUAGGCUUUACACUUUGUCUAUUGUACUGCAAAGAGUGCUAAUAUAAAAUUGACAAGGAAAUAUUGACCCAUAGAUUUCCAUUCAAUCUUUCCUCUCUCUGAACAGGCUCCUCCUUCAUGUCUGUCAGUUGAUGGUGAUAUACAGGCUGAGAUGGACAUGGAAGAGAGAGAGAGGAUCUCUACCUCUUACUGUAACUCACAGUCACUCUCUGUGUGUUCUGCAUAGCCAUGGUACUCUGUCUGAUCAUCUGGCUGGUUCUUGCUGUAUUGUGCUUCGGUAUGAUGGAACUUUUUCUCUCAUUGGUUUAUCUCAUCUUUAACUAAUUUUAACUAUAGUUUUAUAAUUUCUAUAAUCUUUCACAUUAUCACUCAGUCUUUCUUUUUCCCCCAGAGUGCACUGGAGACAAUGUGCAACAGCAACCAGGAGGUGUGAUUGCUACAGAAGGAGGACUGGUAACACUGAGUUGUCAAUAUAACACCAGUACUAAUAAUGCAUAUCUAUAUUGGUACAAACAAGAAGCAAAUGACUUCCCUAAACAUAUACUGACCCGUUAUUCUUUUGGAUCUGAAGACAAGGCUGCAGGGUUCAAGGAGAAAUUUGAUGCAAGUAUAAAUGCAAAGACACAAUCCGUCCCCUUGACGAUCCAGAGGUUGCAGCUAUCUGACUCUGCUCUGUACUACUGUGCUCUGCAGCCCACAGCGACAGGAAACAUGUGCACACUGUACAAAAACCUGAACUGACUAAAACUGACAUCCCCUAGACAUCACCUUAUUUUGAAUUUCAUCAUUACUGUGUAUAGACAAAACAUACUCUACAUACACUGAACAUGAGCAAUGAAAUAUUUUCAAUAAGCAAUAAAAAACAAUUACAAAAAUGUUGAAUGGAAAAGUGACAGAAACUCAUUAAGGCUAUCUGAUUGUGUUGCUGAUAUAUACUUCAGAUUUUAGAUUUAAAUAGGAAAAUAAAAUAAACUGUUAAUUAAUGAAUUGCCUCAUGUUGAAUAAAUGAAUAUCUUGCAUAUCUUGCUCAGAGCAAUGUUUUCCCCUAUGACAUCACUGUAGACAGGUCAGGUCCUUCUGCCAACUCUGUUGCGUUAAAAUCAAGAAAAUAAAUAGAGAUAAAUAACACCGUUUUAUACAAUAUCCAAUAGAGGGAGACAAAGGUAAUCAUAUUUCAGUGCAGCCCUGUAUUUUGAGAAUGUGACAGUGGCAUCAAGCAGCAGCAAGAAGUCUGACAAUCUGACAAUUCUCUGUAUUUUGGGGUGGGGCUUCAAAGGUUUGAGAAGAGAUGGUCCAUUCAAAACUAGAAGGAGGAGGAUGUUUAUUUAGUAUACGCAAAUCUUGUUGUGCUGUGUGUUAUCGUUUUAACUUCCAGUUUCAGCCACAAUGUCAAUCCCCACAUUUAUUUUGCUUUUAGUAUUUGCAUGUAAGUAAUCUACUAUAAUAUGUCAAUUUUAUUGGUGUUAUUUAGAAUCUAAACUAAGUGUUCAUGCUUUGAAAAUAGAUCUAUAACAGAGUAAAAUAUUUUGCAUCUCUUGCAGAUGACAGUAAUGGUCAGACCAUUGAGCCAAUCAGAGAAGAGAUGUAUGCUCCAGCAGGUAGCAAUAUUACACUUCCAUGCACCUACUCAUCUGCAGUCUCUCUUCAAUGGUAUCUCUAGGACCCUGGAUCAGCUCCCAUCUUCCUCCUCCUCACUGGAGUGUCGUCAAACCCUUCUGUAGUAAAAUCUACUCCUCCAUACCCUCGGCUGUCUGUUAAAUUGAACAAUGAGAGAACCCUUGUGGAUCUGGAUAUCUCCUCUGCUGAAGUGACAGACUCUCAGAGAGCGGUAACUUGAUGUCCAGAUAAAUUAUACUUGUUUUAUAUAAUACCACUGCAUCAAAUGCCCUAGUUUCAUACUUAUAAUUAUCCUCACACCUCUGAAGACUAGUCACUUCCAUGCCAGUCAGAAGAACUACAGUAUUUUAUCGCUGAACACUCAAAAGCAGAUUUAUAAAAAGAAGUGUACAAGAUAAGAUAAGAGAUAAAUUACAAAUAUUCCCAAACCUCUGUCGUGGAUAUUACCACCAGGGACACCUGAAGUCAAUCUUAAAUGAAUAAUUUGUUAUUAUCAGCAAGCUGGAAAGGUUCAAACAAACUUAAUGCACCAAGUAGUACACGUCUGUCAGGAGCUCCCCCGGGGCAGACCCGUUAGUGCUCUUAUAUACUGCUUACACAGACAAGUUAUAUUUGCAUGAUUUAGCUUAUUCAUUAUUCAUAAUUAAUUCAUCAUUAACGUUUGGUUCCUACAUGUGACUGGCACCGUCUCCUAUCUUAACUUAUAGAACAUAUUCUGGGCUUUCUGCCAAAAGGUCUGAGGAGAGGGUCAUGACCGUCUCCCCCUCAUAUUUCUACCCAGCACGUACAUUAUCCAAUGAUUGUAGCGACAAUAUGUACAAGUCAAGGAUAUCUCUUCAGAUACCUCCUUUAAAAAAAGGAACAAAAAGUAUAAGAAAUAAAAGUUAAAUGAAAUAAAAUACAGUAUUUGGUAGCAUUGCCUUUAAAUUGUUUAACUUGGGUCAAACGUUUCGGGUAGCCUUCCACAAGCUUCCGACAAUAAGUUGGGUAAAUUUUGGCCCAUUCCUUCUGACAGAGCUGGUGUAACUGAGUCAGGAUUGUAGGCCUCCUUGCUCGCACACGCUUUUUCAGUUCUGCCCACACAUUUUCUGUAAGAUUGAGGUCAGGGCUUUGUGAUGGCCACUCCAAUACCUUGACUUUGUUGACCUUAAGAAAUUUUGCCACAACUUUGGAAGUAUACUUGGGGUCAUUGUCCAUUUCCAAGACCCAUUUGCGACCAAGCUUUAACUUCCUGACUGAUGUCUUGAGAUGUUGCUUCAAUAUAUCCAUAUCAUUUUCCUUCCUCAUGAUGCCAUCUAUUUUGUGAAGUGCACCAGUCCCUCCUGCAGCAAAGCACCCCCACAGCAUGAUGCUGCCACCCCCGUGCGUCGUGGUUGGAAUGGUAUUCUUCGGCUUGCAAGCUGCCCCCUUUUUCCUCCCAAAAUAACAAUGGUCAUUAUGGCCAAACAGUUCUAUUUCUGUUUCAUCAGACCAGAGGACAUUUCUCUAAAAAGUAGAGUCCCCAUGUGCAGUUGCAAACCGUAGUCUGGCUUUUUUACGGUUUUACGCUGGUUGUCCAAACGGAUGGCCAUGUCUAUCAGUUGCGCGAAGGACAACAUGGUGUCCCAGCUGGCUAGCUCCCGUUGGACAUCCUCCCGCAGAUGGCACCGGAAAUGGUCGAUAAUAAGGCCCGCUCGUUCCACCCGGACCCCGCAGCCAGAGUCCCAAGGCGAAGUCCUGUGCAGUCCUCGUCCCCUGCAUCAGGUGAACCAGCCGCUCGCCCGCCUCUCGACCUUCGGGCGGGUGAUCAAAGACAGCCUGAAAGAGGCGAGCGAACUCCCCGUAGUUUUCCAACGCGGCUCCUCCUUCGUUCCAGACCGCUUUGGCCUACUCCAAGGCUUUCCCCGAGAGGCAGGAGACAAGGGCGGACACCUUCUCCCUCUCCGAUGGGGCCGGCCUGAUGCUGGAGAAGUAGAGCUCCAGUUGGAGGAGGAAUCCUUGGCACAGAGCCGCCGUCCCAUCGAACUCCUGUGGUCGGGAUAUCUGGCUCCCUCUGGGUGCUGGGGUGUGGGUGGCUGGAUCCGGUUGGCCAGCUGGUCUCGACAGAUCGGGUCCUCUCCUCUCCAGGCGUUGGACGACCUGAAGAACCCAAUCCAUCGCUUCUCCCAAGCUGGCUAGCAUCGUUAAAUGCUCCUGGACCCGUGCCACGACUCCGGGCAUGCGCUCCUCUCCCGCUGACUCCAUAGCAAGGUGCAGGAGGUCAGGCGCAGGAGGGUAAAUCACUGAAUACAGAGUUUAUUCCGUAGUACACAGUUACGCUGGAUAGAGUCAACAGCACAGGGCGUAAUACAGGCGCACUGGAACACAAUACAGGCACACAUUUACAUUUACAUUUUAGUCAUUUAGCAGAUGCUCUUAUCCAGAGCGACUUACAGUUAGUGAGUGCAUACAUUUUUUUUCAUACUGGCCCCCUGUGGGAAUCAAACCCACAACCCUGGCUUUGCAUGCGCCAUGCUCUACCAACUGAGCUACACGGGGAGAAAUAACCCCGGCAAUACAAAGUACGGGUAGCUCAACCGAGCUACACUCAUCUUCACAUAAAACAAUCAUCCACAAGGACAAGGGGGCAGAGGGAACACUUAUACACAGACUAACGAGGGGAUAUACCAGGUGUGUGUAACUGACAAGACAAGACAAAUGGAAAGAUAAUAUAUGGAGCGGCAGUGGUUAGUAAGCCAGUGACGACGAACGCCAAAACCUGCCCGAACAAGGAGGGGAGGCAGCCUAGGCGGAAGUUGUGACAGGUAUGAUGGCUGCGUGGUCCCAUGGUGUUUGUACUUGCGUACUAUUGUUUGUACAGAUGAACGUGGUAUUUUCAGGCGUUUGGAAAUUGCUCCCAAGGAUGAAUCAGAUUUGUGGAGGUCUACAAUUUUUUUCUGAGGUCUUGGCUGAUUUCUUUUGAUUUUCCCAUGAUGUCAAGCAAAGAGGCACUGAGUUUGAAGGUAGGCCUUGAAAUACAUCCACAGUUACACCUCCAAUUUACUCAAAUGAUGUCAAUUAGCCUAUCAGAAGCUUCUAAAGCCAUCACAUCAUUUUAUGGAAUUUUCCAAGCUGUUUUAAGGCACAGUCAACUUAGUGUAUGUAAACUGUAUGCUGAACCAACACGACCGCAACCUGCAGCAGAUAACCGAGAAUCUCCGGCAGCUGACGAUCGCCGUGCAGAGCCGGGUGGACACCCGACCAGCCUCGGCAGCCGGCGGAGCGGAAGCCGCGGCAGCGUCAUCUCCAGUCUCACCUGCGACAUCACGGGAACCCCGCCUACCACCUUCGGAGAGGUAUGACGGACGUCCGGAGGGCUGCAGGGAAUUCCUCACCCAGUGUUCCCUGGUAUUCAGCCUACAACCCUCCUCCUUCCCGAUGGAGCAUGGCAGGGUGGCCUACAUCAUCGCUGUGUUGACGGGUCGGGCCCUUUCCUGGGCUACCGCGGAGUGGGAGAGCCAAACUCCGGCGUGCUCUGACUCCUACCAAUUCACCCGGAAGCUACGCAAGGUGUUUGACACCUCUCGGGUGGUGUCGGUGCACGAGGCCGUGAGGCGGCUCACGGCUUGUGGGCAGGGUGACGGUUCGUUGGCGGACUACUCUGUGGCAUUCCGGACCCGGGCUUGAGAGGCAGGAUGGGAGGAGGCCGCCCUGGUCGUCCUUUACGUGCAGGGGAUAUCGGAGGGGAUGAAGGACGAACUCUCCUUCAGGGAGCUGCCUGAGCGACUGGACGGCCUCGUCGAACUCUCAGUGCGGUUAAACAAUCUGCGUCGUGAGAGGGUGCAUGAGAGAGGGAUGACGCAAGGCGCGCCUCCGUGUUCCCCUGUCAACCCGGAGGCUUUCCACCGAUUCAGGGAGGAGACGCCUCAAGAGAAGGCUAUGCAGCUGGGGGCGGCGCGCUUGUCCAGGAUGGUGAGGCAGAGGCGUCUGCCUCACCAGGUCGAUUCUGGGGCCGCGGGAUAUCUGAUGGAUGCGGUGCUGGCGUGUUCCGUUACUGUCCCUCUCCGAGCCGGUUCCAGUCAUGGGCCUGGACAGCCGGCCGUUGGGGUCAGGCUUUAUCACCCGGCGCACUGUCCCCGUGCGUAUCCGGGUGGCGGGGGGGUUAUGGGAGGAUAUCCAGUUUUUCAUUGUGGACUCUCCGGAGUGUCCCCUCGUCCUCUGCUCCCUUCCUUUUCCAGUCUCCACCGACCACUCAUCAGCCCAAACGUUUAGCAACGUUACGGUGUACAUGCGCCUGGCCUGCCACAGGAGUCGCUACAGUGCGAUGGGACAAGGACAUCCCAGCAGGGCCAAUUGUGCGUCACCUCAUGGGUCUCCCGGUCGCGGCUGGCUGCGACACAGACAGGUAUCGAACCAGCAUCUGUAGCAACGCAGCUUGCACUGCAUUGCAGUGUCUUAGACCAUUGUGCCACUCGGGAGGCCCCUUAAGACACGUCAUUUAAUCUACCCUGAACACAUACACAGUAUCCUGUCGGUAGGUGUCCACUGACGAAAUAUGCAAAAUUCCAGAAAAUAAGAAGUUAUCUUUUAUUUUAUUUUACUUUAACUGUAUCACAAUAAAUUCAUAAACAAAAUCACAGCAAUAAUCUCACAAAAUAAAAAGUCAGUAAAAACAUGAACACUGCAUUCCAAUCAAGAACUGUAAAACUGCUUAAAGCUAAAAGUGAAUAACUAUGUUAUGUUUAUUCAGGUGCUGCUGCUCUAUCCUCAUCCACUGUCGCUUCCUCGACCCGCUCCUGGAAGUCACAAUAACACAAAUUGGUCAUUAUUUUCCGUAAACAAAUGAUCAAAAUGCUGGUUUAAUGUCAACUCCCUGCUACAUUCCUUUUGUACUAGCACAAUAAUUUAGCUAUACUGACCGACUGGAUUAAAGUGAAGUAAAAAAAAGUGUUAUUUUUAAACAUACCUUUCUCUUACUCUUGAGCCGAGCUGGUGCAUGUUUGAGAGCAUCUGCUAUUUUGUCAUCUACCUCUUGGUAGGUAGCCUUGGGGUGUGCUUUCAGGGACGCUCCUAUGUUGUGAAAAAUAAUUGAAAUGGUACAUUCCAUGUCAUAUCACUACUUUUCCACCUAUGCUGGCUGAGACAGAGGUUGGGUAUUGUCCCUCUCGUCCCUCAUAGGCAGUUUUGGCCAUGAGACCUCUCUCCUUCACUUUUCCUUUGUCCUCUCUCUCUGAUCUUAACACGUGGUAGGAUUUCACAUUUAGUUUGUAACUGCCUUGUUACUGAUUUAAUUCAUUUGAAAUGUUAAUGAACACCCAUUUGACUUACCAUCACUUGACCAAUUAUACUAUCUACUAAAAAACAAUAAAUAGUAAUGAGAAAUCAUUUUUGUAGUGUGUCAUGUAAUCAUGGGCUAAAACUUGUGUAAACAGGCAGAGGGAUGAUCGUUUCUUCUUAAGAUAAGUUAAGUGUUAAUUGGGAAAUCAAUCCAAACACUAAAUAGGCAUAUGGCAUAUAUGACAACUGUAUUUCGUUGACAUUAAGAUAUUAGGAUUCAAUAAUAUUGCAGGUUGCAAUCUUCUCUCAAAUCUGGUCGCAUUCAAGUGGCUCUGGAUAAACAGCUAACUUAUUUUUGUCAAUUGCUGUUAAAAUACUUGACGUAGAUUUCACAUUUUUCACAAACAGAUUAAUUUUAAAUUGCCAUCCCUACCAUUUUCUUUCGAUAGUAGGAGUCUUUAAGUGUUUCACAGAUAUCCUUCAGUUCCUCAUUUGUUUCUGCAGGGUUUUGCAGCAUUUCAAGUUGCCCCAAGAAUUCCGACUCCUUUGGCUACCGGGCCUCUAUGGCCUCCAUAACUUGGUUCAGAGCAGGCUUGAACUCUGUACGGAUCAUCUCCAGUUUCACCAUUAUCUCCACUACUUGAAGAUCUGGAAAAUAAUAAAGACUCAACAGUUUAGCUGCAAGCAGCGUGACGAUACAAGCCAUGAGUACCAGGCAGGACAUGUAUCAAGGCCAUGUGAAAUACCUCUAUCAAAAUAUCCACCCUUCAUAUAUUUUAGUAGUAUUGAUAACCAUAUAGCUGCUGACAGCCAUACAAUUUGGAAUUUAUGUUGAUAAUACAAGAGAAGCAACAUUUUGUAACAUAUAGGCUAGCAUAAUAUACCUUUAAUGUAUCCAGUGGGCAUCUCAGAAGCCACAGGCUCAUCAAGCAGGGAUGGCAGCUCUUGGUCUAAAAUAUAAGUAAAAAAUCAUGCUGUUAUUUAAACGUUCUACAUUUACGAUUUCGAGAUCAAUAUCUUGAUGGCUAAAGAAACCUGAUUCUGAUGCUCUGUCUUGGCCAGCUUCUUCCUGGCUGCCACUUGGACUAACUGAGAAAACAGAAGUAAAAAAAAUUAAGACAUACUUUUGAAACUGGCACAGAACCAAAAGUGAAGGGAUGUCAGUCAGGAGCUCAAUGGGAAGGUUAAUGAAUCCCAACAAAAAUAAAUGCUAAGCAUCAUUUUUUGUUUUAAAUAAUGCUUUUAGUUUGAUGGCAAAUACAUACAGAUAAUUACAAACAUGGCAUCACACUUGUGUUUUACCCCAGAAGAAUAUGGUGAUUUCACUACUGUUGUAAGUACAAGUUUCACCCAUGCACAGCACCACAAGUAUUUGGAAAGUUCUAACAGCAUUCACAAAGUAGUAAUACGACUUUAAAUAACUUAAUAUGCAAAAAUGUGAUGGUAAUUGUAUUCUAUUGAGUGGCUUUGAAAGGUUUGUAAAGCUAUAAUACUUUAUACAAUUCAAUUGUUUACCCUAACAAACUACAACCAGACACUUACUGUUGCUCUGGCUUGAGGUGGCACAUGGCCUCAAGUCCUCUGCAUCUGCAACUUCAGAGAAUAUCACAGAUGUCAACCGUUACCACAUUUACAGAACAGACUUGACAGAUUUUCCUGUCCAUCCCAUACAGUUGGUGGGAACAGAACUUUGAGAAAGUAUGCUCGUUCAUCAGACUUGAAACAUUAUGUAUCUUGUAGGGUCUUUUCAAAGAUACUGGCUCUUGAAGUUGCUAAGAAAAAAGAAAAAAAAGAACUGUUACACUUUGGUAACGUGACUAAUAAUCAAGUAUGUCAAGAUCAGAUGGGUGUGGUCAUUUCUUGUCAUAUCAACUGUCAUUAGGUUAUGAUUUCAUGCCAUUUCUACAAUUUAAGACUAGUACUUGCAUUAACUGUAAGCUUUUCUUCACCCACAUACUUAAAUGUGUGUCAAACUUACCAUCAACUUGCUGAUUAUACAUUUAAUGACCUAGUAGCCUAAUGCAGGAUCUUACCACUAGGGGCUGGUGGAAGCUGGGACACUGUAAGCUGGGCUUGUCUGGGUUCAUUUGUCUUUUUCUGGAGUGCUUCACUUCCAUCAUCAUCUUACGAAGCACAAUACAAAAAAAAUGACAUUUAUUUCAUCUACUUCCUGAUGCAUGUACUACAAACAAUGGAAUAAGAGCAGUUAAGAAAUCCUCACCAGGUGGCUCUACACGGAAUGUGUGUCACGCCCUGGCUCUGGGACUCUGUUAUGUUGAGCCAGGGUGUGUUGUUUCUAUGUGUUUUGUGUUCUAGGUUGUUUAUCUAGUUCAUUUGUUUCUAUGUUGGCCGGUGUGGUUCUCAAUCAGAGGCAACGUGAAUCAGCUGUUGCUUGUUGUCUCUGAUUGGGAACCAUACUUAGGCAGCCUGUUUUCCACAGGGUGUUGUGGGAUCUUGUUCCGUGUAUGGUUAGUGUUAUUUGCCAAGGACGUCACGUAUCGUUUUGUUGUUCUUGUUUCGUGUGGAAUAAAUAAAUAAAUAAAUAAGUAUGUUCGCAUUCCACGCUGCGCCUUGGUCCUCUGUGUUCGACGAUCGUGACAAUGUGAUUGGUUUAGUCACCGGCCUCUUCGCUGGUUCCUCGUCAGAUUCAACAUUGGAGGUGUCAACCCCCCGUUUGUCUCGUUGCUCUGCCACAGAGUAAUUGUCUGUACGUGCAAUAAACAUAGUCAUAAAUACUUUCCUAUUAACACUGGCAAAACAGGGUAUUGAGUAUUUGUAAUUCACAUAAUUCACUUUCAACAAAUACAUAUAGUACGUAAGAGGGGGAAGUUACUGACUCUACUGACCAGGAGUGGGUUGCACCAGACGCUAAUAAGGUGUAAGAGAUAAAUUGGGCCUACUUACGCCCGACAUAAUGAUUUAGAAAAUUGAACAAGAUGCGACAUGACUAGUCAUGAAACACUUACCUUGGAAACUAGUUAUAGAUUUAUACUAUACGUCUACCCCACAUUACACUUAGUUUUUACACCCUGGCGUAGCAAAAGCUAUUACUUACAACCAGGUGGUGACACAGGUUAACGCCUGGCUUAGAACAUAUUCUACGUUGGAACUAGCCUUAUGUAUAGGAGUAUGUUCAACUGAUGCAGCCUGCUCCAGAGCCACAUAACCAAGCAUACAUUGCAAUAUAAACGGGAGUGGAUGGAUACAGUAAAAUAUUAUUUUACCAGUGGAUGAAAAUAUGGAAAUUCUGUACUUCUCCCAUAAUAUUUUGUCAGGACGGUCUCCUCUCUUAAUCAUUGUUGCGCUGGCAUUUCUUGGCCAGUAGCAACACAGGACCUGCAAGAUAUGAGACACUGUUUAAAGUUAACUAUUUAUCCAUCUCUUUGCCUGAAAACCAUUUAACUGAUCAACUCACCCCAUCUCUCUUCUCCACCCACUGCUCUGGUACAACUUCAACAGUGUUCUCUUUUACAAAAUGUACAACAUAAUAACGCUGUGUGCCCUGUGCAGAAAAACUAAACACCAAUUCCACACUGUUCAGUCUCUUGAUUUACCAGCCAAGAUAGUUUGCAAAACUAAUACAGCUUGUGAACUUGGCUGUAGGUAAAUGGGGCUUGCUACAGCAUUUGUGCGCUCCUCGUAGUGGUGCGGAAAGUCCAAUACAGUCUUGAGUCACAAGGACUCAGCAUGUAAGAUUCCAGAUGCUGAAACACCCUGCAGAGGUAAGUAUCAGAGGCAUCUUCUUGGCUCACUACCUCACAGCAUGACCUAUCAUUAAGUAUGUAGGCAUUGUUUGGCUGUCUCAUUUUGAUGACCUGUUGGCGGGGAGAAGCUCUAACUGUGCAUUCUUGCACUCUUUCACAAAUUUGCACAAGUGGCCGCCUCCCUGAACGGACCAUCUUCUUUAGUUGUUGCAAGUAGUUCUCAAACUUGAAAGCACAACUGUUGUCAAGGCAGCCAUGUUCUUCAGCAUCAGCAGUGAGGUGUAGGAGGGAGUGAACAGUAUACACGAGAAAUGUGUCACCAUACAAAACCCUUCCCUGCUCCACAAAGAAGUUCAGUAAAGCAUGAGCAUAGGCCCUGUGGAUUGAAGAAAGUUGAGGAUAAACCAAAAUGCACAUGGCAACACUGAAGGCCAUGAAGUGUGUGUACUGUUCUUUAGACAAGAUUCUUCUCAGCACUACUUUCCCAGUAUAGAGUAGAAACUGUCUGAAUUCUGUGGCCUUCUGUGCCCUGAAUGACGCCCAGCAAUACACAGUCUCAUUUAUCACACUGAUAAAUGACUUGUUUUAGAUUAGCUUGUUAGUCAUUUCCUGACAACAGAUCAUUAUCAGGCAACAGAGGUAUGUAGAUUAGAUUAUUGCAGUUACACCUGUUGUUAGAGUAAGUCAACACACAUUUUGCAUAAUAGGGGAAACUUGUAUUACAUAAAAACUAAAGAAUAUUUGAAAAGGCAUUUUUCUUCCUGUUAUUCAUUCACUUCAGAAGAUCCUCUGAAAAAUGAGUUGUAUUGUGUUUAGAGGAGGAGCUAGUAUGAGAAUGAAAAGGAGACACUCAAAAUGGCAUGAAGGUCUUUCCUCAUUGCAUUGUAAUCUUAUCUCUCUAACAUUAACCAUGCCGUGCUGGUUCACCUUGUUCUUUUUAACAUUUGUGGGCAAGCAAAAUGUUUUUAACAGUAAUGAUAAUGUGUAAUUACUUCAUUACAAGCUUGGAAAAACAACACACAAGCUUUGACCGGACAAAUAUAACUUUUAUUUCACAUGUUAGUUUUCUGCAGGUGAUAGUUCUGGGGAUGGAAUUUUCUCCUACAGUCUUGAGGAGGAUGUGAUACAUGUUGUCAGUGUCAAGCUUUCCUGCAACUACACAGUAUCUGUUGGAGACAGUGUCUUAUGGCAUCACCAAUAUCCCACAUCUGCUCCUCCUCAUUUCAGUGUAUUCAUCAUCUGCUGAGACAAUAGUUACUGCAGAACGCCCAUAUCCCUGACUGUCAGUUAACGUUGGCAAAGUGGCUGAACGUGUGGAUCUGGAGAUCUCCUCUGAUGAAGGGACAAACUCUACUGUGUACUACUGUGCUCUGCAACCCACAGUGACAGUUUACCCGGAAACACUGUACAAGAACUGUACAGAAGCAGGGGAUAAAAAUCCUUGUUGUCAACUGUUUCAGAUCUUUUUAUUAUCUGGCAGUUCCAACUCAGGAUUACAACCUUUCAUAUUUGAUUCAUACAAUAAUGGAGGGAAUCUACCUCCUACACAACCCAGUGGAAGGAUUGAGAGAUUCUGUAUCACUGAAGAGAGGACAUACAGUUGAAGUCGGAAGUUUACAUACACCUUAGCCAAAUACAUUUAAACUCUUUAUACAUUUAAAUUCCUGACAUUUAAUCCUAGUAAAAAUGCCCUGUUUUAGGUCAGUUAGGAUCACCACUUUAUUUUAAGAAUGUGAAAUGUCAGAAUAAUAGUAGAGAGAAUGAUUUAUUUAAGAUUUUAUUUAUUUCAUCACAUUCCCAGUGGGUCAGAAGUUUACAUACACUCAAUUAAUAUUUGGUAGCAUUGCCUUUAAAUUGUUUAACUUGGGUCAAACUAUUCGGGUAGCCUUAAACAAGCUUCCCACAAUAAGUUGGGUGAAUUUUUGCCCAUUCCUCCUGACAGAGCUGGUGUAACUGAAUCAGGUUUGUAGGCCUCCUUGCUUGCACAUGCUUUUUCAUUUCUGCCCACACAUUUUCUAUAGGAUUGAGGUCAGGGCUUUGUGAUGGCCACUCCAAUACCUUGACUUUGUUGUUCUUAAACCAUUUUGCCACAACUUUGGAAGUGUGGUUGGGGUCAUUGUCCAUUUGGAAGACCCAUUUGCGACCAAGCUUUAACUUCCUGACUGAUGUCUUGAGAUGUUGCUUCAAUAUAUCCACAUAAUUUUCCUUCCUCAUGAUGCCAUCUAUUUUGUGAAGUGCACCAGUCCCCCCUGCAGCAAAGCAUCCCCACAGCAUGAUGAUGCCACCCGUGCUUCAUGGUUGGGAUGGUGUUCUUCGGCUUGCAAGCUCCCCCAUUUUCCUCCAAACAUAACGAUGGUCAUUAUGGCCAAACAGUUCUAUUUUUGUUUCAUCAGACCAGAGGACAUUUCUCCAAAAAGUACGAUUUUUGUCCCCAUGUGCAAUUGCAAACCGUAGUCUGGCUUUUUUAUGGCGGUUUUGGAGCAGUGGCUUCUUCGUUGCUGAGAGGCCUUUCAGGUUAUGUCGAUAUAGGACUAUUUUUACUGUGGAUAUAGAUACUUUUGUACCUGUUUCCUCCAGCAUCUUCACACGGUCCUUUGCUGUUGUUCUGGGAUUGAUUUGCACUUUUUGCACCAAAGUACGUUCAUCUCUAGGAGACAGAAUGCGUCUCCUUCCUGAGCGGUAUGACGGCUGCGUGGUCCCAUGGUGUUUAUACUUGCAUACUAUAGUUUGUACAGAUGAACGUGGUACCUUCAGGCAUUUGGAAAUUGCUCCCAAGGAUGAACCAGACUUGUGGAGGUAUACCAUUUUUUUCUGAGGUCUUGGCUGAUUUCUUUAGAUUUUCCCAUGAUGUCAAGCAAAGAGGCACUGAGUUUGAAGGUAGGCCUUAAAAUACAUCCACAAGUACACCUCCAAUUGACUCAAAUUAUGUCAAUUAGCCUAUCAGAAGCUUCUAAAGCCAUGACAUCAUUUUCUGGAGUUUUCCAAACUGUUUAAAGGCACAGUCAACUUAGUGUAAGUAAACUUCUGACCCACUGGAAUUGUUAUACAGUUAUUUAUAAGUGAAAUAAUCUGUCUGUAAACAAUUGUUGGAAAAAUGACUUGUGUCAUGCACAAAGUAGAUGUCCUAACCGACUUGCCAAAACUAUAGUUGGUUAACAAAACAUUGGUGGAAUGGUUGAAAAAAGAGUUUUAAUGACUUCAACCUAAGUGUAUGUAAACUUCCGAGAAGAGAGAGGAGGAGAAGAGAAAUGAGAGGAGAGCAGAUGAGAUGAGAGAGGAGGAGAGGAGAUAUAUGUCAAUGGGACAGAGGAGUGUAGAGGAGAGGGAAAGAAAGCAGAGAUUGAGUAUAUUUAGAGCAACUGUACUUUGGGGUGGAGCUUGUAGGUAAACUAAGCAGAAAUGAUCAACUGAAAACCUUGCAGAUGAAGUUGGUUUGGAGUAUUCAGCUUCUGUUGUGAAAUUAGUCAGUUUGACUUCCAUCCCCAGCUAUGUUGUUCAUCUGGUCAAUUAUAAUGUUCUCAGCAAUAGGUAAGUUAUAUAAUGCUUUCAAAGUAGUGUCAUGUAUUCUGUUUUGAAAGUUACAACAAUACAUUUUUAUUUCAAUUUAGAAAUGAGUCUCUGUCUAACACCCAGUGGCUAUGAUGCUGCUUGUUUUUGUGUGUACUUGUAGGUUAGAAUUCACUCUCCUUUAACUGAAUGUGUACUAACAGAAUGUACACUGUUCAGUGUUCAUUACAAUAUGGUAUUAUCAAUAUCAAGUGCUAAUACACUUUGAAACACCAAGUGUGGAUAUACUGUACGCUGUCUACAUUGACUCUGUAAUCCAUGUUGUUAUUUUUUACAGGUGCAAGUGUUGAAGACAUAAUUACUCCAGACAGAGAUGUAGUGGAUGUUAUGGAGGGUAGUAGUGUUAAACUCUCCUGUAGAUACAACAGCUCAUUAACCAACAGUCUGUUAUGGUAUCGCCAGCACCCUGGAUCCUCUCCACAGUUCCUCAUACUGGACUACUCUGGGUUCAUAACCAACACUGAUAGUACAAAAUGGUCCCUCACACAUGAAAAGGAGGACAACCGUGUGGAUCUGGAAAUCUCCUCUGCUGAAGUGACAGACUCUGCUCUGUACUACUGUGGUCUGAAGCCCACAGUGACAGGAAACCCCAGAAAACUGUACAAAAACCUAUCUUGACAAUACAAACACAGAGAACUUGAAUCUGUGACCCCUAGAAACCAUAGAACCUGAGUCUGAAUAGAUCUUAUCUUCCAUCCAUUAUAUUCCCUUCUUUUAAUAUGAAAGUUAUUUGCUUGUUCAACUACCAGUGAACAGACUUUUAAUUUGGAAAUGAAAUAAAUAUGUCAUGAAAAUCAGAAUAUUUCAUCUGACUAAACAUUCUAAACAGUCUCUCAUAUAAAUGCCAUUGAUGCCAUCUUUACUGUCAUUUAGUAAACCAAACCUUCAUCACCACCACCACACUUCAUUAAGAGCCAUCAUUGAAUUGGUUUUAUGUCAAAGGGAGGAUCUAAAGGAAUGAUCGUAUUCAAACUGUACAUAUGAUUACAGGAUACACAUUUCUGUGAAUUAGUUGGUCCAGCAUAUAGUAGUAGAAUGAUGAUGUUAUUUGGUUUAAUCUGGAUGUUCUCUACAUUUUGUACAGGUGAGCCUUACAACAUUUUGUAAAUGAGCCUGUAUUGUUGAUGGUAAUUACUUUUUUAAACUAAUGUCUAUUGAUUUUGUUUCUAAAUUAUCUUUACAGGACAGAUUGCUGGGGAUCACAUUACUGCUGUAAAUAAUGAAAUAAUCAGUACAUAGGGAAAACCUGUGACGCUGAGCUGCAAUUAUGUUUACCUUUACUGGUACCUGCAUUAUCUAACCAGGCCCCUCAGUUCUGCUGUAUAACAACCUGGUCUCAGAUCAUUUCAUAUUAUUCUGUAUGUAAAUCUGAGACACCCAAUUUUGUAUGAUAUGUUAUGAAUUAUAAUUUGUAUUAUAUGUUACGAAUUUGCAAAACGUAUGAUAUGUUACGAAUUCUAGUUAGGUGGCUAGCUAGGUUAGGGUUAGGGGUUAGGGUUAAGAUUAGGGUUAAGUUAAGGAAUUAGGUUAUAGGGUUAAGGUAAGGGUUAGGGGAAGGGUUAGCUAACAUUCUAAGUCGUUGCAAAGUACCUAAAAUGUAGUAGUAGUAGAAAAUUAUCUAAUUAGCUAAAAUGCUUAAAUUGUCCAUGAUGUGAUUUGAACUCACUACUUUAGGGUUGUUAGACGUUCACGUUAUACGCCCAACCAUCCACCCCGACUAACCACCCUACUUUUGUUAUUGCCUUAAGUAACCAUCUGUCUUAUGUAACCAUACCAAACAUAACAUACCAUACUUAUUUGACUGUUCCGGAUUUACAUUUACUAUGUUACGUCUAGUCUAUGACACCAAGCUGUGUAUAAAGCUGCCAUAUCACAGAGCCGUAGUGAACAUAUCCCUGAUAAGAAAUAUAUAUCCGCAACGUCCCGGACAUCAACUGAACUGAUCAUAACACACCUAACCCUGGCAGACUCAUCUCUCUACUACUGUGCUCUCAGGGAUUGUUAUAACCAGUGAUACAUAUAAGACCCUGUACAAAAACCUGCAGAACAAAAUAAACAGGAAUAAUAUUGACCUUUACUUGUACCGGCAAUAUCCUAACCAGGCUCCUCAGUUUCUACUGUAUAAAGGUGCUAUAUCACAGAGCGGUAGUGAACAUGUCCCUGAUAAGAGAUAUACAUCCAAAACGUCUCGGACAUCAACUGAACUGGUCAUAACAAUUCUAACCCUGGCAGACACAGAUCCCUACUACUGUGCUCUCAGGGAAUAUACCCAGUGAUACAACGUCUAUAAAACCCUGUACAAGAACCUGCAGACCAAAAAUGCUGUGAUGAAGCAGGGAUAAAAAUGUAACAUCAAACCACAAUUUGAUAUCAUAAUGUCAGAGGUUGAGAUCAGAGAAUGUGGUCACACCAGUGCUGUGUGCAAUCACCAGGAGGUCUAGUGUUUCUCUGUCUUCAUAUCAGUAGUCUUGAAUUCCACUUAGACAGAUAUUUUGAUAUCGGUGGAAAAGCACUUGGGAAUAUGACAAAGUGCAAAAAUAUUAUCGUUUGUAGUUACUCCUCACAAUUCACACUGCUUGGUGGUGUAGUAUGACAGUCAACCUGAGGGGGCAACCUAACAAAGAACACACACCUGAAUCAGAGGAUGCCAUACAGACAGACACCUCCCCAUGGUCUACUACUGCAUGUAAUACAGAACAACAUGAAGCAUCAACAGUAGGACAGAGGGUGUCAAAGCUCUGUGAUAGAUAGAUCAGCAUUGUUCUGCUCCUUACCUUUUACACUUCAAACUGACUGACUAGUCAUGAGAAACUGGCUGAUCCUGCAUGUUCUGGCUGCAUGCUGCUUUGGUAUAACAUCACUCUGUUCAUCUGUCUCUUUCUGUGUAUUUGUUCAUUUUAUUUAGAUACAUUAUUAUUAUAUGUUGUGAAGAUAUAUUUAUCUUUAUUUUCAGGGUGCAGAGCAGAAGAGAAUGUAACACAGCCAACAGAAGAUGUAAUGGUCUUAGAAGGACAACCAACAACACUCUCUUGUCUAUUCAUUACAACUGAUCAAUCACCAUAUCUCUUUUGGUACAAACAACAAGCAAAUGGCAAGCCCAUAUUUAUGCUGAGAAGGGAUACAUUUUCACCUGGGGAAGCUGCUACUGAGUUCAAGGACAGAUUUGAUGCCCGUCUAAAUUUCACAGCAAAAUCAGUCCCCUUGAUGAUCCAGAGAGUGCAGCUGUCUGACUCUGCUGUGUACUACUGUGCUCUGAGGUCCACUGUGACAACAGGAGAUACAGCCACCUUACAAAAACUAUAGGUUUCAAAUGUGUCCAUAGACACAUACAGUACCAAUGAAAAGUAGGGACCAAAGCGCAAUAUGUAUUUUAAUAUACUUUAUGUACAGUAGUAGACCUGAAUUAGAUACUCUGUAGACUCCAUGAGUGUUUGUACCUGAAUUAUAAUAGAGUGUGUGUACAUUUUCACCUCCAAAAAAUAUAUGUUCAUCAUACUCACUUCAUGGAACAUUUAUGUAAUUGACAAUUGCUUUAAGCUACUUUUCAUUUCUUGUGAACUAGACGUAAGCUUUUCACUUUGGCUAAUGUACUGCAAAGAGUGCUUAUAUGUCAGAGUGGUGUGUGUAGAUGAGGAAGGAAUCAAGCGCAGGAAACCAGGAGGACUUUAACAGAACUUUAGUCAAGUCUGACACGGCAAUAAACGUCAACCCAACCGGGUGGCACAAACAGAUUACGCACAAAACACUGUGCGGAGAAAACAAGAAAAAGCGCACGCAGUGCGAACUCUCGUAACACAUACGAGAGACUCAAAAUAUCUCGAGCAACAGCUGACAACAAGACAAUCACGCAUAACACCUGACCCAAACACACGAACUAAAUAAGGGAACAAUUAAGACACAAAUAAGGGACAGGUGUUAUGAACAGACAAAACCAAAAGAACAUGAAACAUAGAACGGUGGCAGCUAGUACUCCGGAGACGACGACCGCCGAAGCCUGCCCGAACAAGGAAGAGGAGCAGCCUCGGCCGAAACCGUGACAGUACCCCCCCCUUGACGCGCGGCUCCAGCCGUGCGCCGACCCGGAGCUCGGGGACGACCCGGACGACGCGGAGCAGGGCGCGCAGGAUGACCCCGAUGGAAAUCGGUCAGUAGGGACUGGUCUAAGACGUCCCUCCUUGGCACCCAGCACCGCUCCUCCGGGCCGUACCCCUCCCACUCCACGAGAUAUUGAAGACCCCCCAUCCGGCGUCUAGAAUCCAGGAUGGACCUCACGGUGUACGCCGGAGCCCCCUCGAUGUCCAACGGGGGCGGAGGAGUCUCCUCAAUCUCAAAGUCCUGGAGUGGACCAGCUACCACCGGCCUGAGGAGAGACACAUGGAACGAGGGGUUAAUAUUUUUGUAAUCAACAGGUAGUUCUAACCUAUAACUCACCUCGUUCAAUCUCCUCAGGACUUUAAAUGGCCCCACAAACCGCCGACCCAGCUUCCGGCAGGGGCAGGCGGAGGGGCAGGUUUCUGGUUGAGAGCCAGACUCGAUCUCCAGGUGCGUACACUGGCCCCUCACUGCGGUGUAGGUCGGCGCUCGUCUUCUGUCGACGUAUGGCACGCUGCAGAUGGACGUGUGCAGCGUCCCACGUCUCCUCCGAGCGCCGCACCCACUCAUCCACAGCGGGGGCCUCGAUCUGGCUCUCAUGCCAUGGUGCCAGAACCGGCUGGUACCCUAACACACACUGAAAAGGGGUUAGUUGGGUGGAGGAGUGGCGAAGAGAGUUCUGUGCCAUCUCGGCCCAGGGCACAUAUCUCGCCCACUCCUCCGGCCGGCCCUGACAGUAUGACCUCAGAAACCUACCCACAUCCUGGUUGACACGUUCAACCUGCCCAUUACUCUCCGGGUGGUACCCCGAGGUAAGGCUUACCGAAACCCCCAACCGUUCCAUAAAUGCUCUCCACACUCUAGAGGUGAACUGGGGGCCUCGGUCAGACACUAUAUCCUCGGGUACCCCGUAAUGCCGGAAGACAUGGGUGAACAGAGCCUCAGCGGUCUGUAGGGCAGUGGGUAGACCCGGCAUGGGAAGGAGACGACAGGCCUUAGAGAACCGAUCCACAACGACCAGGAUGGUAGUAUUCCCCUGUGAGGGGGGGAGGUCGGUAACAAAAUCCACCGAGAGGUGGGACCAGGGUCGUUGUGGAAUAGGCAGGGGUUGUAACUUACCCCUGGGCAAAUGUCUGGGCGCCUUACACUGGGCACACACCGAACAGGAGGAGACAUAAAUCCUCACAUCCCUAGCUAACGUUGGCCACCAGUACUUCGUGCUAAGGCAGUGCACUGUCCGGCCGAUACCCGGAUGGCCAGAGGAGGGGGACGUAUGAGCCCAACAAAUGAGGCGAUCGCGUACCUCGAGCGGAACGUACGUCCGACCCACAGGACACUGUGGAGGACUCGGGUCGGUGCGUAACGCCCGCUCGAUCUCACCAUCAACCUCCCACACCACCGGAGCAACCAGACAAGACUCCGGUAGUAUGGGCGUGGACUCAACUGACCUCUCCUCUGCGUCAUACCGCCGAGACAGAGCAUCUGCCUUCCCGUUCUGGGACCCAGGGAUGUAUGUGAUCUUAAACACAAACCGGGCUAGGAACAUAGUCCAGCGAGCCUGGCGAGGAUUCAGUCUCCUAGCUGCCCGGAUGUACUCCAGGUUACGAUGGUCAGUUAGAAUGAGGAAAGGGUGUUGAGCCCCCUCGAGCCAAUGCCGCCACACCUUUAGGGCCUGUACCACGGCUAACAGCUCCCUGUCUCCUACGUCAUAAUUCCGCUCCGCCGGACUGAGCUUCUUAGAGUAGAACGCACAGGGACGGAGUUUAGGUGGAGUGCCAGAACGCUGGGAAAGAACGGCCCCUAUUCCGGCCUCUGACGCGUCCACCUCUACUUGGAACGGUAAAGAGGGAUCCGGAUGCGCCAACACCGGCGCCGAGGUAAACAGGUCCUUUAGUCUCCCAAAUGCCCUGUCCGCCUCAGCUGACCACCGCAAGCGCACCGGACCCCCCUUUAACAGAGACGUUAUGGGAGCUGCCACCUGUCCAAAACCCCGGAUAAACCUCCGGUAAUAAUUCGCAAAACCCAAGAACCGUUGCACCUCCUUCACAGUGGUUGGGGUCUGCCAAUUACGCACAGCUGACACCCGGUCUACCUCCAUCUUCACCCCUGACGCAGAUAACUGGUAACCCAGAAAGGAGACCGACUUCUGGAAAAACAGACAUUUCUCUGCCCUGACAUAUAGGUCAUGCUCCAACAGCCUCCUCAAUACUCGGCGCACCAGGGCUACAUGCUCAGCACGGGUAGGACUAUACACCAGAAUGUCGUCGAUGUACACAACUACUCCCUGUCCCUGCAUGUCCCGGAAAAUCUCAUCGACGAAGGAUUGGAAGACUGAGGGAGCAUUCAUCAACCCAUAUGGCAUGACUAGAUACUCGUAGUGUCCGGAAGUCGUGCUAAACGCUGUCUUCCAUUCAUCGCCCUCUCGAAUGCGUACCAAGUUAUAUGCGCUCCUAAGAUCCAAUUUUGUAAAGAACUGCGCACCGUGCAGUGACUCCGUCAUAGUCGCAAUCAGAGGAAGUGGAUAGCUGUACUUCACUGUGAUCUGAUUGAGACCGCGGUAAUCAAUACACGGGCGCAGACCUCCAUCCUUUUUCUUUACAAAAAAGAAACUUGAGGAAGCGGGUGAAACGGAGGCCCGUAUGUAUCCCUGUCUAAGAGACUCAGAGAUGUAUGUCUCCAUAGCCUUUCUCUCCUCUUGAGACAAGGGAUACACAUGGCUCCGCGGGAGAGCUGCUCCUGACUGGAGAUCUAUCGCACAAUCCCCCCGUCUAUGAGGCGGCAGCUGCGCCGCCCUAGUCUUACUGAACGCCAGUGCCAAAUCCUCAUACUCGGGGGGAAUCUGCAGUGCUGGCAUUAGAUUCGGACUCUCCACCGAGGUCGCCCCUAUGGAAACACCCAGACACCGCCCCUCACAUUGAGCAGACCACCCUUUAAGAGCUUUCUCUCGCCACCUAAUAAUAGGGUCAUGAGCCAUCAACCAGGGAAGACCCAGCACUACCGGAUACGCAGGAGAGUCAAUCAGAUAGAGCUGAAUCCUCUCCUCAUGACCCUCCUGCGCCGUCAUCUGAAUGGGUGCUGUGACUUCCCUAAUCAACCCAGACCCUAACGGACGGCUAUCUAGGGCAUGGACGGGGAAAGGCUUAUCCACUGGAAGGAGGGGAAUCCCUAACUCUAUACAGAACUGGCGAUCUACAAAAUUCCCAGCUGCGCCUGAAUCUACCAGCGCCUUAUGCUGGGAACGAGGUGCAACCUGUGGGAAACAAACAGGCAAGGUUAGGUGCACGACAGAAAGCUCUGGGUAAGCAGGGCGCCUACUCACCUGGGGGGACCCCCCAAUGCGUGACCUGCCAUCUCCCUCACUGGAGGACCCGCCCCAACACCUAGCCGCGGUGUGCCCUCCACGACCACAGUUGGUGCAAGGGCCGGGUCCCCUCGGGCUCCUCCUCCUCCGUUCCCUAGCGCCAGCACCUCCGAGCUCCAUAGGGCUCGGCUCGGAGGUGCUGGAGAGUGGAAUGGGCGAACCCCCCCCUCCGGGACGCCCACGGGUGGCGAGCAGGGUAUCCAGCCGGAUGGCCAUGUCGACCAGCUGGUCGAACGUCAACGACGUGUCCCUGCACGCCAACUCUCGCUGGACGUCCUCCCGGAGGCUGCAGCGGAAAUGGUCGAUAUGGGCCCGCUCAUUCCACCCUGCAUCAGCCGCUAGGGUCCGAAACUCUAAGGCAAAGUCCUGGGCGCUCCUCAUCCCCUGUCGGAGGUAGAAUAGACGUUCCCCCGCCGCCUUCCCUUCCGGUGGAUGGUCGAACACAGCACGGAAGCGGCGGGAGAACUCCGCAUAGUUCGUGGUAGCGGCGUCCAUUCUCCUCCACUCGGCGUUGGCCCACUCCAACGCCUUGCCGGUGAGACAGGAGAUGAGGGCUGAGACGCUCUCGUGUCCCGAGGGCGCCGGGUGUACGGUGGCGAGGUAGAGCUCCACCUGCAGCAGGAAUCCUUGACACCCGGCAGUGGAGCCGUCGUACGCCCUCGGGAGCGAGAGCCGAAUCCCACUAGGUUCCGGAGAUGAGACAGGGGGGCUGGCCGAUGGGGCUGGUUCGGUUCUUGGAGGUGUGGGAACCCCGCUGGUCUCCCAUCGGUGCAGAGUAUUCAUCACCCCCUCCAGGGCAUGACAGACCUGGUUGAUGCGGUCCUCCUGACCACGAAGACGUUCAGCCAUCUCGGCUGUCGGCGCGGUCGCUCCUGCUGAUUCCAUGGUGAGGAUGCGUGAUUCUGUCAGAGUGGUGUGUGUAGAUGAGGAAGGAAUCAAGCGCAGGAAACCAGGAGGACUUUAACAGAACUUUAGUCAAGUCUGACACGGCAAUAAACGUCAACCCAACCGGGUGGCGCAAACAGAUUACGCACAAAACACUGUGCGGAGAAAACAAGAAAAAGCGCACGCAGUGCGAACUCUCGUAACACAUACGAGAGACUCAAAAUAUCUCGAGCAACAGCUGACAACAAGACAAUCACGCAUAACACCUGACCCAAACACACGAACUAAAUAAGGGAACAAUUAAGACACAAAUAAGGGACAGGUGUUAUGAACAGACAAAACCAAAAGAACAUGAAACAUAGAACGGUGGCAGCUAGUACUCCGGAGACGACGACCGCCGAAGCCUGCCCGAACAAGGAAGAGGAGCAGCCUCGGCCGAAACCGUGACAUUAUAUCUAACCUGAGACCCCUAGAACCUGAGUCUGAAUAGAUCUUACCUCCCAUCCAUUAUAUUCCCUUAUUUAAAUAUGAAAGUUAUUUGCUUGUUCAACUACCAGUGACCACAUUUUAUAUUUGGAAAUAAAGUAAAUAUAUCAUGACUUUCAGAAAUGUCAUAUGACUUAACGUUCUAAAUAUUCUCUCAUAUUUUUAUAUAUUUUUUUAUUUCACCUUUAUUUAACCAGGUAAGCCAGUUGAGAACAGGUUCUCAUUUACAACUGCGACCUGGCCAAGAUAAACCAAAGCAGUGCAAUAAAAACAACACAGAGUUACAUAUGGGGUAAAAAAAACAUAAAGUCAAAAAUACAACAGAAAAUAUAUAUACAGUGUGUGCAAAUGUAGCAAGUUAUGGAGGUAAGGCAAUAAAUAGGCUAUAGUGCAAAAUAAUUACAAUAGUAUUAACACUGGAAUGCUAGAUGUGCAAGAGAUUAUGUGCAAAUAGAGAUACUGGGGUGCAAAAGAGCAAAAUAAAUAACAAUAUAGGGAUGAGGUAGUUGGGUGGGCUAAUUUCAGAUGGGCUGUGUAUAGGUGCAGUGAUCGAAAAGGUGCUCUGACAACUGAUGCUUAAAGUUAUUGAGGGAGAUAAGAGUCUCCAGCUUCAGAGAUUUUUGCAAUUUGUUCCAGUCAUUGGCAGCAGAGAACUGAAAGGAAUGGCGGCCAAAGGAGGUGUUGGCUUUGGGAAUGACCAGUGAGAUAUACCUGCUGGAGCGCAGACUACGGGUGGGUGCUGCUAUGGUGACCAAUGAGCUAAGAUAAGGCGGGGAUUUGCCUAGCAGUGAUUUAUAGAUGGCCUGGAGCCAGUGGGUUUGACGACGAACAUGUAGUGAGGACCAGCCAACAAGAGCGUACAGGUCACAGUGGUGGGUAGUGUAUGGGGCUUUGGUGACAAAACGGAUGGCACUGUGAUAGACUACAUCCAAUUUGCUGAGUAGAGUGUUGGAGGCUAUUUUGUAAAUGACAUCGCCGAAGUCAAGGAUCGGUAGGAUAGUCAGUUUUACGAGGGCAUGUUUGGCAGCAUGAGUGAAGGAGGCUUUGUUGCGAAAUAGGAAGCCGAUUCUAGAUUUAACUUUGGAUUGGAGAUUCUUUAUGUGAGUCUGGAAGUUGAGUUUACAGUCUAACCAGACACCUAGGUAUUUGUAGUUGUCCACAUACUCUACGUCAGACCCGUCGAGAGUGGUGAUUCUAGUCGGGUGGGCGGGUGCCAGCAGCGUUCGAUUGAAAAGCAUGCAUUUAGUUUUACUAGUGUUUAAGAGCAGUUGGAGGCUACUGAAGGAUUGUUGUAUGGCAUUGAAGCUCGUUUGGAGGUUUGUUAACACAGUGUCCAAUGAAGGGCCAGAUGUAUACAAAAUGGUGUCGUCUGCGUAGAGGUGGAUCUGAGAGUCACCAGCAGCAAGAGCGACAUCAUUGAUAUACACGGAGAAAAGUGUCGGCCCAAGAAUUGAACCCUGUGGCACCCCCAUAGAGACUGCCAUAGGUCCAGACAACAGGCCCUCCGAUUUGACACACUGAACUCUAUCUGAGAAGUAGUUGGUGAACCAGGCGAGGCAGUCAUUUGAGAAACCAAGGCUAUUUAGUCUGCCAAUAAGAAUGCGGUGGUUGACAGAGACGAAAGCCUUGGCCAGGUCGAUGAAGACGGCUGCACAGUACUGUCUAUUAUCAAUCGCGGUUAUAAUAUCGUUUAGGACCUUGAGCGUGGCUGAAGUGCACCCAUGACCAGCUCGGAAACCGGAUUGCAUAGCGGAGAAGGUACGGUGGUAUUCGAAAUGGUCGGUGAUCUGUUUGUUAACUUUCGAAAAUCAGGGCAGGAUGGAUAUAGGUCUGUAGCAGUUUGGAUCUAGAGUGUCAUCCCCUUUGAAGAGGGGGAUGACCGCGGCAGCUUUCCAAUCUCUGGGGAUCUCAGACGUUAUGAAAGAGAGGUUGAACAGACUAGUAAUAGGGGUUGCGACAAUUUCGGCGGCUAGUUUUAGAAAGAAAGGGUCCAGAUUGUCUAGCCCAGCUGAUUUGUAGGGGUCCAGAUUUUGCAGCGCUUUCAAAACAUCAGCUGUCUGAAUUUGUGUGAAGGAGAAGCGGGGGGGGCAUGGGCAAUUUGCAGCAGAGGGUGCAGAGUUGGUGGCCGGGGUAGUGGUAGCCAGAUGGAAAGCAUGGCCAGCUGUAGCAAAAUGCUUGUUGAAAUUCUCGAUUAUUGUAGAUUUAUCGGUGGUGAUAGUGUUUCCUAGCCUCAGUGCAGUGGGCAGCUGGGAGGAAGUGCUCUUAUUCUCCAUGGACUUUACAGUGUCCCAAAACUUUUUGGAGUUAGUGCUACAGGAUGCAAAUUUCUGUUUGAAAAAGUUAGCCUUUGCUUUCCUGACUGCUUGUGUAUAUUGGUUCCUAACUUCCCUGAAAAGUUGCAUAUCGCGGGGGCUAUUUGAUGCUAAUGCUGUACGCCACAGGAUGUUUUUGUGCUGGUCAAGGGCAGUCAAGUCUGAGGAGAACCAGGGGCUAUAUCGGUUCUUAGUUCUGUAUUUUUUGAAUGGGGCAUGUUUAUUUAAGAUUGAGAGGAAAUUACUUUUAAGGAACAACCAGGCAUCCUCUACUGAUGGAAUGAGAUCUAUAUCCAUCCAGGAUACCUGGGCCAGGUCAAUUAGGAAGGCCUGCUCGCUAAAGUGUUUUAGGGAGCGUUUGACAGUGAUGAGGGGUGGUCGUUUGACCGCGGACCCGUUACGGACGCAGGCAAUAAGGCAGUGAUCGCUGAGAUCCUGGUUGAAGACAGCUGAGGUGUAUUUAGAGGGUAUGUUAGUCAGGAUGAUAUCUAUGAGGGUACCCAUGUUUACGGAUUUAGGGUUGUACCUGGUAGGUUCGUUGAUAAUUUGCGUGAGGUUGAGGGCAUCUAGCUUGGAUUGUAGGAUGGCUGGGGUAUUAAGCAUAUCCCAAUUUAGGUCACCAAGCAGUACAAACUCUGAGGAUAAAUGGGGGGCAAUCAAUUCACAUAUGGUGUCCAGGGCACAGCUGGGUGCUGAGGGGGGUCUGUAGCAAGCGGCAACAGUGAGAGACUUAUUUCUGGAAAGGUGGAUUUUUAGAAGUAGAAGCUCAAACUGUUUGGGCACAGACCUGGAUAGUAUGAUAGAGCUCUGCAGGCUAUCUCUACAGUAGAUUGCAACUCCACCCCCUUUGGCAGUUCUAUCUAGACGGAAAAUGGCAUAAUAUAAAUGCCAUUUGAUGCCAUCUUUACUGUCAUUUAGUAAACCAAACCUUCAUCACUACCACCUAACUUCCUUAAGAGCCAUCAUUGAAUGGGUUUUAUGUCAAAGGGAGGAGCUACAGAAAUGAUCCUGUUCAAACUAUACAUAUGAUUACGGGAGACAUAUUGUUGUGAAUUAUUUGGUCCCGCAUAUACAGUAGAAGAAUAUGAAUUGAAUAUGUGUAUGUUUUCAAACAUUUAUUUUCAAAUAAGUUAAUCAUACUCACUUCAUACAAUAUUUAUGUCAUUGUCAAUACCUACCAUAUUAUUUUAACUAGACGUAGUCGUUUCACUUCGUCUCUAAUGUACGGCAAAGAGUGCUAAUAUAAUACUGACAAGGUAAUAUUGACCCAUACAUUUCUUUACAAUCUUUCCUCUCUCUGAACAGGCUCCUCCUUCAUGUCCGUCAGUUGAUGGUGAUAUACAGGCUGAGAUGGACAUGGAAGAGAGAGAGAGGAUCUCUACCUCUUACUGUAACUCACAGUCACUCUCUGUGUGUUCUUCAUAACCAUGGUACUCUGUCUGAUCAUCUGGCUGGUUCUUGCUGUACUGUGCUUUGGUAAGAUGGAACCAUUUCGUCAUCCUUCUAAUUUUAAUUUUUUGAAUCUUUCAUUAUCACUCACUUUAUAUUUGUUUGUCUUCCAGAGUGCUCAGGAGACCAUGUUCAACAGCAACCAGGAGGUGUGAUUGCUACAGAAGGAAGACUGGCAACACUGAGAUGUCAAUAUAACACCAGUGCUACUAAUGCAUAUCUUUAUUGGUACAAACAAGAAGCAAAUGACUUCCCUAAACAUAUGCUGAGCAGUUAUUCUUUUGGAUCUGGAGACAAGGCUGCAGGGUUCAAGAAAAGUCUAAAUGCCAAGACACAAUCAGUCCCCUUGAUGAUCCUGAGGUUGCAGCUGACUGACUCUUCUGUGUACUACUGUGCUCUGAGGCCCACAGUGACAACAGGAUAUACAGCCCCCUUUAAAAAAAACUGUGUGUGUAUGUGGGUGUGUACAAAACUUUUUGUUGUGUGCCAUUUUUUAAGUCAAGGGGAGGUUUUACAUAAUUGAGGCAGAAGAAAGGAAAUACCUUUCAUAGCUGACAGUGAGAAACCAGGGGAGUCAUUCUGUCAUAACUAUACUUGUGUUCACUAUUUUCACUGUGUUAAAUAACACUUACCAUAAUGAUACUGGGAUCAGUUUUAAUAUUUGCACUAGUGGGUGAGUUUGAUGCUGUUCUUCAUAUCCAAUCACUAUGAAUGUAGUUACUGAAGACUGGAGUCAUAUUCCUGUGAAGGAUCUUUUGACAAUUUUUAAUACACUUGACUGAAUAAUGAGUAGAAUUGUAUAAUAAUUUCCUGAUAAUAAUUCCUGUUUUCAUAAAUGUUUUCCAGGUGGCAGUCAUGGGAAUGACAUUACUCCAACAACAGAUAAGGUGAUUGGGUUGGAGGGUGAUGUCAUAAAGCUGUCCUGUAACUACUCCUCUGCUAGUAAUCUCCAAUGGUAUCGACAGUACCCUGGAUCAUCUCCCAUCUUCCUCCUCCUCACCGGAGUGUCCUCAAACCCCGCUGUAGUGAACGCUACUCCUCCAUACCCACGGCUGUCUGUUAAACUGAAUGAUGAGAGAACCCGUGUGGAUCUGGAGAUCUCCUCUACUGAAGUGACAGACUCUGCUCUGUACUACUGUGCCCUGCAGCCCACAGUGACAGGAAACCCAGAAACACUGUACAAAAACCUGAACUGAAUAAAACUGACAUACCCUAAGUGAAAAAAAUCCAUCAGGCUAAUUUUAAAUGUUAUCAUUACCUUGUAUAGAUAAAACACACCUACACUGAAAAUGAACACUUCAAUAUUUUAAAUUAACAACAAAAGAAUAUGUUGAUUCCAAUUUUGAAUGGAAAAGUGAGAGAAACCCAAUAAUGCUAUCUGAUUGUUUUGCUGAUUUAUACUUUAGAUUCUAGAUUGAAAUAUGAAACCAAAAUAAACUGUGAAAAUGUUCAAUAGAUUAAUUAUCUAACAGAUCUUCCCUUCAAGCAAUGUUUCCCCCUAUGACAUCACAGUAGACAGUUCAGAUCCUUCUGCCAACUAUGUUGACCUAAAAUCAAGAAAAUAAAUUCCAAUAGAGGGAGACUAAGGUAAUCAUAUUUCAGUCCAAACCUGCAUUUUGAGGAUGUGACAGUGGCAUCAAGCAGCAGCAAGAAGUCUGCUGUUACUUCUGCUCAUCUGACAACUCUCUGUAUUUUGGGGUGGGGCUUCAAAGGUUUGAGAACAGAUGGUCCAUUCAAAACUAGAAGGAGGAGGAUGUUUUUUAGUAUACACAAAACUUGUUGUGCUCUGUGUUAUCAUUUUAACUUCCAGUUUCAGCCACAAUGUCAAUCCCCACAUUUAAUUUGCUUUUAGUACUUGCAUGUAAGUAAUCUACUUAAUUGUUUUAUGUUGAAUCUAAACUAAGUGUUGAUGCGUUGAAAAUAGAUUGAUAACAAGUAAUAAUAGAAGAAUAACAUAUUUUGCAUCUCUUGCAGGUGACAGUAAUGGUCAGACCAUUGAGCCAACCAGAGAGGAGGUGUAUGUUCCAGCAGGUAGCAAUAUUACACUUUCAUGCACCUACUCAUCUGCAGUCUCUCUUCAAUGGUAUCUCCAGGACCCUGGAUCAGCUCCUCAGUAUAUCCUGCUUAUCCUGCAUGGUGUUGGAUCUUCAUCACGGGCUCCAGGUCUGGAUCCUAGACUGUCAGUCAAAAUAAAUGAUGAAAAGACUUGUGUGGAUCUGGGGAGCUCUUCUGCUGAAGUGACAGACUCUGCUCUGUACUACUGUGCUGUGAGGCCCACAGUGACAGGAAACCUACACACACUGUACAAAAAACACUCAGCAGGGACCACAUCAGCAGGAAUUUAUCUGGGUUAUUUUUUUACUUUUCUCUAACCCUUACUUUGAAGACAUCAAAACACUAAUGAAUGAUUUAAUGUCUCCUAUUAAUAAAGCCUAUGACUGGAAUGUUUCACCUGUCCUUAAGGUGGUUUUAUUUUGUUAUUCACACUCAAAGGUUAAAUGUGAAACUUUGAUUGUAAGAUUGAUUGUAAGAAAAAUAUUAUAUUAUUUACAAUAGCCGUUAUGAAUUUUCAUAAUAUUGUAGCUGUUUCAGGGGUUGUGUUGUGUAUGGACGUUAUGUACCUGCGAGGUUCCUUAGUUUUUUGGCUGCCAGGACCACGGACAGCAAUGUGAAGUAUUCCCCAGAGGCAGGACCACAGACAGCUCAGUGGAAACUUCUAGUCUGCAGCAGACCAGACACACCUGUUUCCAGUUGUAAUCAGAGCCAAACUGCAGACAGGUGAAACCAAUCAAUUACUAAACUUAACCAUGCCCUGGGUUUUCUUUCUUAGUUUUUUUUGUUGACCCCGGCAGGUGAAGGAGUAGGAGGUUAUUGGAGAGACAGAGCGUACGGUGGAGAAGUAGGUUUUAUAGAAGAAAGGAAAUUAUGAUUUCAAUAAGGAUUGAACCCCCAAAGACAAAGCUUGGAGGACCUUCCACUGGUGGUGAAGUGUUUACUUUGUUUGUUUUGGGUUUUGUAUAUCAACAACGCUGUCAAAGCUUGAUAUUAAUAAUCCGGUAUAACCCUUCACUUGGACUGGUGUUGUGUGUUUGUAUGUGUAAAACCGGCCUUACAAAGAACCCAGUGCUGAAAACGCUACAAUUUUAUCAUUGAAAUGUGUAUUAAAAUGUUGAAGAGCGACUAAAAAUUAUGAAGGGUUUUCUUUAUAUUUACCCACAAACAGCCGUUUCCGCACCUCCUGGCUGAUCUUCAGGUGAGGUACCUUCUUAUCCUACAUGUGCUGCCCACUACACCUUCUGAAGGAUGGGUUGAUCAGGCCAAAGUGAGCCAAGUUUCUUAAACACUGCUUCUCACUCUUCAGCCACAAUAACUGAGAUGUUCUCUCUGCCUCCUGAUCAGUUAUGUGACAGAUCUUCUUUGUCUCUGCUCCUCCUGUAGACUGCCCUCCACAGUUAUGAAGUCCAGUGACAAGGUUUUUCUAUGUAUAAUAAUGAUACAAUAGUUCCAUCUAGUGUUCAACAUUCUGUCCAACUAGGUGAAACCUUGACAUUGCUUGUAUAUUCAAGGGCAAGUUACUACUGAGAGUCAAUAGGUGUCAGUGGAGUCUCAUCAGUUUGCUUCUAUUCCUUUAAGCUAGAAAUAUAAUUUGCAUGGGCUGCAUCUCAAUCCACCGCAUCAGGCUAUGGCGGUCUUUCGCAUCUGUGGUGGAAGGUGGCUGAGUUUCAGCGGCGUUUGUCAAACCAUAUGACAUCACGAAAAUCGGUCUUCUCACAAAAACGUCUGUAGCGUCCGAACGGUUUGGACUAGAAAAAUGAUAUGACCACUCUAUUUAAAGAUGAGACUCUCACGAAUACGUAUGUAGCGUACGAACCGUUUGGGCUACAAACUACUGUAACCCCACUGUGAAAAGGGGAGACUCUCACAAACAUGAUGGAUAAUUUAAGGGGUUAAAAAUGUGAUUUUCCUGAGCUUUCUUAUCUCCUAGAUAUAGAACUGACACUUAACCUUAUUCUGUGUGAUUUAUUUUUUGAAUGUCAUUUAUGACUGUUAUUCAAUGCGUUUCCAUGGGAUUUGGUAGUAAAGGCCAAAUUAAAUAUUUUAUCAAAUCAUUUUGUUAUGUUUUUUUAUACCUAAAGGGUUCCUAAACUUCCAAAUCAAAUUGCUAAAUGAUCCAUGGUAUGACCAUCUUAAAAUAAUUACAUAUGUCAAUUUAUAACACCCUCCCCCAACCUCUUAAAUGAUGCAUGCAGCAUGUCAACACUUUACAGGUGUCGUUGUGGUAUAAUUUCCCCCACAAUUAGCAUUUCAAACUAAAUCAACCUGAGAAGGGCAGCAUUUCACAGGGAAUCCUUCUAGCAGUUCAUCUAAAUUGAAUAUACAAUAAGCUUCUCCCCUGCUGCAGAGCCCCACAAUUAUGAGACUUCUCAGCUACAGUGGAUGGAACAUAAAGUCUAUAACAGUCUAUUCUUCCUCUAUACAUAAAUCAUAAUGGCCCCUUGACUUAGGAAUACUGUACUUAUCCUGGCUGCAUGCUAUUUUGGUACAGUAUAGUGCUUCUCCUUUCUACAUUAUCAUUCUCUGAACCUUAGCCUAUUAUGUAUUAUAAACCCCAAAUAUAUUUUUUCUGAUUGCAAAGGUGAAGAGGCUGUUGAACAGCAGAGUGGACAUGUUACUGCCCUUGAAGGAGGGCUGGUAACACUCAGCUGUAACUACACUACCAGUAGUACAUCUCCUGAUCUCUUCUGGUACAUCCAGUUAACUAGGGACUCUCCUCAGUAUAUCCUGAGAAGAGAUCGCUAUUCAGAAGGGAGCAAUAGUGAUGAGUUCAAAGAGAGGUUUGAUUCCGGGCUGAAUUUCACAUCUAGCUCUGUCCCCUUGACGAUCCAGAGGUUGCAGCCAUCUGACUCUGCUUUGUACUAUGCUCUGAGGUCCACUGUGACAUCAGUAGAUUCAGUCACUGCACAAAAGCUCAGGGUAGAGUGUUAUUAA